AUGAUAAACGGACAUUACCCUGCCAAGAGUAGUCUGGCUGGCAGCCAGUUGUCGCUGGGCUCCAGUCCUGGACUAGGUGGCAGCCCGGUCAUGUCAGACAUCUCUCUGAUCCGUCUGUCCCCCCACGCAGCCGGGACAGGGGAGUCCCCCUUCAGCCCCGCUCACCCCUACUUCCACCCUCACAUGGAGCACUACCUCCGCUCCCUUCACAGCAGCCCAACCCUGUCCAUGAUCUCUGCAGCCCGCGGACUCAGCCCUGCAGACUUGGCACAUGAACACUUGAAAGAGCGGGGUCUGUUUGGGUUGCCCCCUCCCCCUCCUGGAGCCAGCCCUGCUGAGUUCUACCACCUGAUGACCAGCCAUCGUAACCCCUACGGAGAGCUGCUGAUGCAGGGGGGUGGGGCGGCAGCUGCACACCUGCCAGACUACAUCACCCCCAUGGAAGUGUCACGGUUCCCCAGUCCCAGACUGACCCCCAGGCUGAACAGAAAGCGAGCCCUGUCCAUCUCGCCUCUCUCAGACGCCAGCAUCGACCUGCAGACCAUGAUCCGUACCUCGCCCAACUCUCUGGUGGCCUACAUCAACAACUCACGCUCCAGCUCUGCAGCUAGCAGCUCCUARGGACACCUCUCUGUUGGAGGCAUCAGUCCGUCCUUUACCUUCCCCCACCACAUCAACCCCAUGGCCUACCAGCAGCUCCUGUCCCAGCAGAGAGGCCUGAGUGUGUUUGGCCACACCCCUCCUCUCAUCCAGCCCCCACCCAUCUUCUCCAGUCGCCAGUCUGCCCUGGGUCUCUCCUCUCUGCCCCCCUCCUCACACAACCACCACAAUGGCUCACAGUCAAAGAACACAUGUGGGGACUCGGCAGUGAGCAGUACAGUCAAUCCCAUGAUCACCAAGAGGUCAAAGGUGAAGACAGAGGUGGAGUGUCCGAGGCCGCUGUCCCCAUGCUCUCCGGAUCAUCUAGGUGGGAUGCUGGACCUGAAGGAGGACUUGGAUAAAGAUGAAUGCAAGCAUGAGCCAGAGAUGGUGUAUGAGACCAACUGCCACUGGGAAGGAUGCUCCAAGGAGUACGACACGCAGGAACAACUGGUCCAUCACAUCAAUAACGACCACAUCCACGGGGAGAAGAAGGAGUUUGUGUGCCGCUGGGAUGAGUGUUCCAGGGAGCAGAAGCCCUUUAAGGCCCAGUACAUGCUGGUGGUUCACAUGAGGAGACACACGGGGGAGAAGCCACACAAGUGUACCUUUGAGGGCUGCUGUAAGGCCUAUUCUCGCCUGGAAAAUCUGAAGACCCACCUGCGAUCUCACACCGGGGAAAAACCAUAUGUGUGUGACCACGAGGGAUGCAACAAAGUCUCCAAUGCCUCGGACAGAGCCAAGCACCAGAAUCGCACACACUCCAACGAGAAACCCUACGUGUGUAAAGUCCCCGGGUGUACGAAGCGCUACACGGACCCCAGCUCUCUCAGAAAGCACGUGAAGACAGUCCACGGACCAGAGGCCCACGUCACCAAGAAACAGCGCAGUGACCUGCCGCCCAGCAGACCCGUGCCACCCAAAGAGAAUGGAGAAAACGAGACAGGCCGGGGCAUGGAGAAGAUGGACAGCACCUCGAGAGGCAUGGAGGACUACCUGCAGGUCAAGUCUAUCAAGACGGAGAAGUCUGUGAUGUAUCAGUCCAGCCCUGGUGGUCAGUCGUCAUGUAGCAGCGAGCCGUCGCCACUUGGCGGUUCCACCAACCAUGACAGUGGAGUAGAGAUGGCCCUCCAUAGCGGCGGGGGCAGCAUGGGGGACCUGACUGGGCUGGACGACCCCUCAGGGCCCCUCAUGGACUCCUCCUUCUCUGGCCUCUGGUCUGGGACAGCAGGGGUCGGGGUGGGCCUCCACCUACGUCAACACCUAGGCCCCAGCCACAUCCACAGACUAGAACACCUGAAGAAGGAGAAACUGAAGACGGCGAGGGACUCCUGCCAGUGGGCCAAUCAUCAUCCAGCUGCUCCAGUCCAGAACACCAAGCUACCGCCCAUACCAGCAAGCGGGUCCCUUCUGGAGAGUGGAAAUAUGUGUGGUGGGCCUGGAUCGUUCAGCCUCAGUGAGCUGUGUUCCAGUAAGGUGACUGUCCUGAACCAGCUGGACCAUCUGAUGGAGCGCAGGGACAGCGCCACCAGCACCGUCUCCUCUGCCUACAUCAGCCGCCGCUCCUCUGGCAUCUCCCCCUGCUACUCCAGCCGCCGCUCCAGCGACGCCUCCACGUUCAGUGGUCACCGCCACCACAACAUCAGCUCCACCGGCUCCUACGACCCCAUCUCUGCAGACCUGUCCCGGAGGUCCAGCGACGCCAGCCAGUGUGGAGGUGGUGGAGGAGGGGGACGGCUGCCCAGUAACCUCAGCCUCACCCCCGCCCAGCACUACCACCUCAAGGCGAAAUAUGCGGCGGCUACAGGCGGAGCCCCACCCACACCUUUACCCAACAUGGAGAGGAUGAGUCUCAAAACCUGCUUGGCCCUCUACAGGGACGCUUCCCAGGGAGACUCGUCGUCUGGUUACUCCUCCUUCAACACCAUUGUCCCCAGUGGGGUUCCCAGGCGCUGCAGCGGCGAUAUGGGAAGAGACAGAACGUGUCCCCUUCUGAGCAGUAUGAAUGCUGCGUGGUCCCAUGGUAAACCCUACGUGUGUAAAGUCCCCGGGUGUACGAAGCGCUACACGGACCCCAGCUCUCUCAGGAAGCACGUGAAGACAGUCCACGGACCAGAGGCCCACAUCACCAAGAAACAGCGCAGCGACCUGCCGCCCAGCAGACCCAUGCCACCCAAAGAGAAUGGAGAGAACGAGACAGGCCGGGGCAUGGAGGAGAAGAUGGACAGCACCUCGAGAGGCACGGAGGACUACCUGCAGGUCACGUCUAUCAAGACGGAGAACUCUGUGAUGUAUCAGUCCAGCCCUGGUGGUCAGUCGUCAUGUAGCAGCGAGCCGUCGCCACUUGGCAGUUCCACCAACCAUGACAGUGGAYUAGAGAUGGCCCUCCARAGCYGCGGGGGKAGCAUGGGGGACCUGACUGGGCUGGACGACCCCUCAGGGCCCCUCAUGGACUCCUCCUUCUCUGGCCUCUGGUCUGGGACAGCAGGGGUCGGGGUGGGCCUCCACCUACGUCAACACCUAGGCCCCAGCCACAUCCACAGACUAGAACACCUGAAGAAGGAGAAACUGAAGACGGUGAGGGACUCCUGCCAGUGGGCCAAUCAUCAUCCAUCUCCUCCAGUCCAGAACACCAAGCUACCGCCCAUACCAGCAAACGGGUCCCUUCUGGAGAGAGGAAACAUGGGUGGUGGGCCUGGAUCGUUCCUCAGCCUCAGUGAGCUGUGUUCCAGUAAGGUGACUGUCCUGAACCAGCUGGACCAUCUGAUGGAGCGCAGGGACAGCACCACCAGCACCGUCUCCUCUGCCUACAUCAGCCGGCGCUCCUCUGGCAUCUCCCCCUGCCACCACAGCCGCCGCUCCAGCGACGCCUCCACGUUCAGUGGCCACCGCCACAACAACAUCAGCUCCACCGGCUCCUACGACCCCAUCUCUACAGACCUGUCCCGGAGGUCCAGCGACGCCAGCCAGUGUGGAGGUGGUGGAGGAGGGGGAGGGCUGCCCAGUCACCUCAGCCUCACCCCCGCCCAGCACUACCACCUCAAGGCUAAAUAUGCGGCGGCUACAGGUGGAGCCCCACCCACACCUCUACCCAACAUGGAGAGGAUGAGUCUCAAGACCUGCAUGGCCCUCUACAGGGAUGCUUCCCAGGGAGACUCGUCGUCUGGUUACUCCUCCUUCAACACCAUUGUCCCCAGUGGGGUUCCCAGGCGCUGCAGCGGCGAUAUGGGAAGCUAUAACGGCCGCAGCAUGAUGCCCCACGAAGCUCCGUCCAACAUUCCCCGUCGGGCUAGCGACCCCGUCCCCCGGCGGCCAUCCCUGCACCCACUGUCCCAUCAGCCUCAGGUGCAGCGCUACAACAGCACGGGCAACAUGCAGAACCUCCACCCACACGCCUCCCAGCCCAACCAGGCCCUGUCUGCAGCCGAGCGGCGCCACCUGGCGCUCCAGAGCCACCAGCCGCGCUCCGACGACAGCCUGCAGCGAUACCCCUACUGCCCCCGGCCGCCCAGCAUCUCUGAGAACGUGGCCAUGGAGACCAUGGCCGGCGCUAUGAGCGGUAGGCGCAACAGCAGUGAGGAGGAGAUGAUGGUACUUCCUGAUGACGUCGUUCACUACAUCACUGCUCAGGGCGGAGCUGGAGAGUCAGACUGUGCCAACGGGUACAACCGACAAGCACAAUGUGGUUUCCAUGGAAACGCAAUAAACCUUAACCCCCAGCAACAACAGCAGUUUUACCACCAGCGAAGGAUGGCUGUGGUGGACACCAAUAUGAGUAUGAACCCUUCGUCUGCACCACAAACCAUGCGCCUCUCCUGUGCCCUAAGCCCAGGCCAUCCGCAGCAGUCUUUCCCCUCCUCACCCAGUAAGACGAGCACCAUGCCGGUACAGUGGAACGAGGUCAGCUCAGGGACUGUGGAAGCUCUUCACAACCCAACCCAACAUCUGCCGUUCGGUCGAAGCAACUCAAACCUCGCCAUGGUCCAACAGAAACAGAACUUUGUCUCGUUCCAGAAGCAGAAUCUUAACUCCAACCAACACAUUGCACAGAUUAACCACAACCUGGCUCACGCAGCCCAGCAGGGGAGAUACAUAGAGCAGCAUAAGGAUGACUCGAGGCUGAGCUGUGUCCAGCAACAGAGCCUACAGCAACAGCAGCCCGCUAAUGCUAACCUCAAUGAACCAGUGAGUCUCGGGUAUGGGUUUAACCAGGGUCUUGGUCCUAGCGAUGCUAACACUAACCAGCGGUCCUCCUGUAGUAGUAUGGCAGUUGGUGGCACUCUGGGUAUGUUGAGCCAAAACGGUAAACAACAACAGACAGUGCACACUGUAGACACGCAGAACAGCCGGCUGGGGGCGCAGCCAGGGGGGAGUCAAUCGUCUCAAGUCACAUUUAAGGAUAGCGGUGUGAAUUCUUCACGGAUGAUCUCACAGAACUAUAAUAUAGCGUCCCAGGUUCAGCAUCCCAUCCAAAAUGGAGGUCAAAUACUCCUCCAGCCAAGACCGCCCACAGAACCUAAGUCUCUAAGCAGACAGCAUUCAGGGUCAAUGACAAUGCAGCGACAAAACUCAAUUGGCAAUCACUGCAGCAAUGGCAACAACACAGACAGCAAUGUUAUGUUCUACACAGGACAGAUACACGUGUUUGAGCCAAACGGAAACGUCAAUAUGCAGAUGAUGACAUCAUCAGUAGUGGACGUUCUUCAAUGUCCCUCAGACAGCACUGAGACCGCCAUGACCUCACCGGGAGUAAGCAACCAGGUCUCUAGUACGGUGGACUCGUCCAAUGGGACAGGGGCAGAGGAGCCCCAGAUUGACUUUGACACCAUGCUGGAUGACGGGGACCACUCCAGCCUGAUGUCAGGCACCAUCAGCCCCAGRAUCCUCCAGAGUCUGUCCCAGACCUCCUCCAGACUCACCACCCCCCYGAACUCUGUCACCCUGCCCUCCCUGCCCCUCCCUGCAGGGGGCAGCAACAUGGCCAUCGGCGAUAUGAGCUCCCUGCUCACCGCGCUUGCAGAAGAGAACAAGUUCCUCAGCAUGAUGUCAUAAGGAUGAUCCCAAAUACACUGAAGGCAGACACAGGUAAAACACACAUUACCUACCUUGGUGUAUUUGGCCCAGGACGUGUGUUAAAAGAAAUGACCUAUUGCAACACAAGCUCUAAGAACGAUAGUUUAUCUACCACCAAGAGUUUAAACUGACUGUGUGAAUGACAAGAGGGGAACCUACUAGUUAACAUUGUUGCAGAGGUCCUCCUGACCAUGUGAUUGAACACUAAGCACCUCAUUGGAGAACUUUGARGYCCACRAGAGACUAAGGAARSUAUGAGAUUCUGAAGACUUCAUGCUAAAWCACCACUAUGUUUGUGCUACUUAUUGUAUUYUCCUGUACAGUAUCAUUAUGGAGCUAAUAUGGCGAUUUCAUAUCUAUUGAGAAGCCAUAUUUUGCCUUAGAUGAGUAAGUAAGUAUAAUGUAAUCCACAGCACAAUUCUGUUAAUGUUGUACAUGAGAUAGUGUACAGUUCUGCAGUAAAACAAGUUUACCAAGUGCCUGGCUAUGCCGCAGAAUAUGCAAGACAAGCAUAUGACACAGAUCACGUUGAAGUGCAACCAGGUCCUUCUGUAUGAUACCGAUUUUGGAUUUUUCUAUCAUUUAGUUAUUUAAAGACACACAUAUAUGUAAAUUGUGUAAAUGACUUGAUCUAAAACAAUUUGAUUCUUUCUCUCAGAUCUUAUCUGAAACUCAUUCAUCUGUGCAGAUUAGAUUUUUUUUCUGUCAGUGAAGUUGCAGCAACAAAAAAAUCUGGGAGAAAAAUGAUUAAAUCAUUCAUUAGAGUCAGAAGAAAUCUUUUUCUAAUCUAUUUAGUCAUGUCAGGUCUAUUUCCAUGCAGUGUCUUCGAUAUGAGCCAUUGUCUUAUUUGUCUGUCGCGUUGAGUUGGACUAUUGAGAUGAACAGUGACGUCUCAGUGUCGCGGACAAGUUGUGACUGGAAUUAAGCGACAAUUUCUAAAGAAUAUGCAAAUACUUGAUAUGAUACAUAUUCUGGGGGUGAUAACGUUGCUAUUAACUCUUGGUGAUGAAUUAGGAAAAAUCUAAAAGCGAAAGAGAAUCCUCCUUUUCGGUGUCAAAUGACUUUUUCUCCAAUGCAGCCCUUGAUGAUGACGAGGAAUCGAAGAUAUCAUAGUGUAUUAGGAAUCAAUGUUGUUGUUUUUGUACACUACCAUGCAACUCUGUUGUGUCGGAUAUGUAUAUAUCUUUUGUACAUUUUUAUGAAAUACAAUAUUGUUGUUGUUUUUUUACUUAA